GACACUUCCGGUCUAAAAGUUACCUGGGAAUUGGUGUCCAUUACGGAGAAGGCGCAAAUGGACGCCGCAAAAGUCUGCAAAGAUUUGCUGGAGGAGGCCCGUGGGAUGGCUCUCUCAAAGUGAAAGUCAGCUACUAUUUUAAAACGCAAGGAUGGACGAGGAUGGUGGCGAGCCAAAGACUUAUGUGUCCACUGUGCGCCUGCUGCUCCGGGGGCGCACACGCAAAAAAACGGAGCCUCUCGCCGACGCCACGGGGAUGAGAACGUCUCAGACAGGUGAGAAGGUUCAUCCUCAUCAGAAUUCAGCUCAUUAUACAAAUGGCGUCGCCGGAGAUGCCACAGGAUUGAGCGACCAGAAUUCCUCCCACGGUGCAGAAUUACACAGUCAAGUUGCAUUGUGUGCUCUCCAAACAGAAAAAAGAACACGGUGCAGUCCAGACACGAUGGAGCUAACGGGAGAAAAUACGCAAGAUGCUGAAGCCGGUUCACCUGUGGAUUUUGUCGACCCGCCGGAGCACGUGGCGGUUCGAAAAGGCGAGGAGGCCCGCUUGCACUGUGACUUCCGCGCUACCUCCGGCCCCGUGGCCUGCUGCUGGAUUUUCAACAGAGAUAAGGCGCUUCUGCCCGACCCCAGGAUGUCCGUGAGUAGCCACGACACGCACAGCACUCUGGCCAUCUCCGAGGCCCACCCGGACGACACGGGUUCUUACACGCUCAUCGCUCGCAACCGAAGCGGUUGCGCCGAACACACCGUCUCCCUCAGCGUCAUACAUCGUCCCGACCCGCCCGCGUCCCACCCGAUGAUCUCCCAGCUGUCGGCCGAGUCUCUUGUCCUCUCCUGGACGGGUCCCAGCUUUGACGGCGGCACGGCCGUGUUGGGUUACGUCGUGGAGGUCCGGCGGCAGGGUGCCGACGCAUCUGGCGACUGGACGGAAAUAGCCGAACGCUGUAAGAACACCUCCACCCAGGUCAGCUCGGGUCUGGAGCCCUACGGGAAGUACCGAUUCCGAGUCCGGGCCUACAACGCCGAGGGCGUCAGCGAGCCCAGCCAGGAGUCGGACACCGUCACCAUGGCCACCACCAAAAAGGAAGACAUGGGGCCUUGCGUCAAAGUGGUGAUUGAAACCAGACAGGAGCUUCAGAACCACUACAACGUCCACGAGAAGCUGGGAGUCGGGAAGUUUGGGGAGGUGUUCCGUCUGUCACACAAAAAGUCGGGCGAGGUGUAUGCCGGCAAGUUCUACCGAGCCAAGACCUCCAAAGACCACUCGGCCGCCCGCCAAGAGAUUGAGCUGAUGAACUGCCUACAUCACCCCAAACUGGUCCAAUGUCUGGCGGCCUACGAGACCCCCACCGAGAUGGUGAUGGUCAUGGAGUACAUCGCGGGCGGGGAGCUUUUCGAGCGCAUCGUGGACGACAACUUUGAGCACACGGAGCCCACCAGCGCCGGCUACAUGCGGCAGAUCCUGGAAGGCAUGCUGUACGUCCACAAGCAGAACAUCGUCCACUUGGACCUCAAGCCCGAGAACAUCGUCUGCACCGACCACACCGGAACACACAUCAAGAUCAUCGACUUUGGCCUGGCCAGCAAACUGGAAGAAGGCAAGCCCCUGUUGGUGAUGCACGGAACGCCCGAGUUUGUGGCCCCCGAGGUGAUCAACUACGAGAACGUGGGAGUGGAGACGGACAUGUGGAGCAUCGGGGUCAUCUGCUUCAUAUUGCUAAGCGGAGAAUCGCCCUUCCAGGGAAGCAACGAUGCCGAGACCUUCGCGCUAGUCACCGCCGCUCGCUACGACUUUGACCCGGAGAGCUUCGAGGACAUUUCCGACCAAGCCAAGGACUUCAUCAGUGGCCUUCUGAGGAAAGACCGCAGGAGUCGGAUGUCGUGCAUCGAGGCCCUGGUCCACCCCUGGAUGGCCGCCUUCACGGCUCUCAACCGCAGGCCCACCAAGUCCCUCAGGAAGGAGAAGAUGAGACGUUUCCUGGCCAGGUUCAAGUGGAAGAAAACCGGCAAGGCUGUUCUGGCCCUGCAGCGCAUGGCCAACCUUUCCAACAGGCCAGACUCUCCUGGCAGCUCCUCAGAUGUUCUAGAGCCGAGCUGGAGCCAAGAGGCAGAGGAGGCCAUCCGCUCGCUGGAUAAGGAGCUGCACGGCGAGCCUCGCUUCCGGGAGCCCCUGCAGGACGCCAGCCUCCCCGCCGGAGCCACCGCUCGUCUGGCGUGCCGAGUGGACGGUUACCCUCAUCCGGAGGUCGAGUGGUUGCGGGAUGACGAGCCGCUGCCCGAGACCUCCCGAGUCAAGACGGAAUACGGCCCGGACGGCCGCUGCGCGCUGGUCGUGUGCGGCGUGGACGCGGCGGACGCGGGUGUCUACGUGUGCCGGGCCAGCAACCAGCUAGGCGCGGCCUCGUGUUCCGCCCGACUCAAAGUAGACACGUGAAGGGGGGGGAAAUGUCAGUUUAAGUAUUUGCCCUUUUGGAAGAGUGCAUGUUAUCACGAGGUCACAUGAUUGCAUUUACAAUUCCUCAAGAAAAGAUUAUUUUUUUUUGCAUAGUCCAUGUUGUUCACUGUGAAUCUUUUAAUAGCAUUCGUAAUUAAAAGCUACAUUAGAAAAAGAA